AUGGAACCGACUGCCUCAGUUACUUCAUCAACUGUAAACCUAGUGAAAACCAUAGUGGGGGCAGGCCUCUUCGCCAUCCCCUUUGCAUUCAAAAAUGAUGGUAUCCUGGUGGGUAUCUUGCUGAUAAUGUUAGCAGCUGUGACAUCCGGAUUUGGUUUAUUUAUUUUAGCAAAGUGUUCCAAAACAUUAAUUAAUCCAAGAAAUGCAUCUUUUUUCUCCAUUUGCAUGCUUACAUAUCCUUCCCUAUCCCCCUUAUUUGAUCUGGCAAUGAUAGUUCAAUGCUUUGGUGUUGGUUUGAGCUACCUGGUAUUAAUGGGCGAUAUCUUUCCCUCCUUGUUUGGGGGUAAUCGCGAUUACUGGAUCGUAGCAUCUGCAUUCAUAGUAGUACCCUUAUGUUGCCUGAAGAAGCUAGAUAAUUUGAAAUAUUCAAGUAUAUUGGGGAAUAUUGCUUUAAUAUAUUUAGCAUUAUUUAUAUUUGGUGUCUUCGUUAAGGAUAUACUUAUUGAAGGAAAUACCUUUGCUAGGGGAGAAAUAUCUUGGAUUCGUAUCUAUGAUGGGAAAGGUCUACUCUCUACUUUCAGUAUCAUUAUCUUUGCCUACGUUGGAGCUAUGAAUUUAUUUAGUAUUUGCCGUGAGUUGGAGAAUGAUAGCAUGGAGAAUAUUUUGAAAGUUAUUAACGGUUCCAUUGGAAUAUCAUCAAUUUUCUUUCUAUUAGUAGGUAUAUCGGGAUACCUUACAUUUGGUAGUAAUGUACAGGGAAAUAUCAUUUUAAAUUAUGAUCCAAAUUCAAUUUGGAUCUACCUGGGGAAGUUUUGCCUAGCAUUUAUGCUUUUACUUUCAUUCCCAUUGUUAUUUCAUCCAUUACGAAUUGCAGUCAAUAACUUGGUUGUUUGGUUUGGAAUGACAUUUGGAGCAGACGAUACCUGUGCUGUACCGUCGACAACUCAAGAAACAGAUGAGGAUGAUACGACUCCAACUCCAAUACAAUUGAGUAUAAGUGAAGAGGAAAUGGAGGCCAAUCCAGAAAUUGAAUUGGAUAUUGAAGAAGGUCUUUCCCAAACAGUAACAACAGCUGAAGACACUACUGAUGUACAAGCAGAAGUUUCGUCAGAUCAUGAUGAGGAAGACAUAAAUUUCCCGGAUUCCAGGUUCUAUCUAAUUACUGGUAUCCUGCUGACAAGUAUGUAUUUACUGGCGUUAAAUGUAAAAUCUUUUGCGUUGGUUUUGGCUCUUGUAGGUGCUACAGGUUCUACGUCUAUAUCAUUUACCUUACCAGGUCUCUUUGGUUAUAAGCUUAUUGGAACUGAUUCCCUUGCCAUUGGAAGAAUGAUCUCAAGGAGAGAUCGAUUUUAUAAGAGAUGCAGUCUACUAUUAGUUUGGUUUGGUUUAGGUGUUACUUUCCUAUCGUUAUAUGUAACACUUUUUGGUGGUGCAGGAACUAAUUGA